AUUCAAAUCCAUGAAGAUAGAAAGUCUCGCAUUUAUCUAUAAAUAAGAAAAUAAACCGAGCAAUACAUCAUCAACAUAUCAUUUUUCUCUGUUUUGAAAUUGAAAUAGCAUUUUCUCUACACAAAAUGGCAUUUUUCUCUCAAAGGUGUUUUUCUCUUUUUCUCCUUCAUGCCAUCCUUGUUGCAUCAUCAACCCAAUCCUCUGCUUUAACUUCACAGAAAAGCGAAGAUUUGAUUCGCCAAACAUGCAAGCGCACGAAUAACUUCAACCUCUGUGUCACAUCCCUAAAUUCAGACCCUCGGAGUUUGAAUGCAGAUGUCAAAGGGCUUGCUCGCAUCAGUCUUCAACAACUCCUGACCAAGACCAAUCAAACAUUACAGAAUGUGGGAAACCUGUUUAAGGACACUAGGGACCCUAUAAUGUUCAGAUUAUUAGGAAAUUGUAUUAUAGAAUACAACAGAGCUGUAACAGAUUAUCUACCAGUAGCAAUCAGUGCUUUGGACUCCAACAACUAUGGAGCGUCAAAACAAGGUGCAGACGAUACUGCAACAUCUGCCACGACGUGUGGGGAUCAGUUUAUAAUCCGCGGCUUACCAAAGGUAUCGGUAUCCACACAGAGCAAACAAGUGCAGGGUCUUGCCAUGGUGGCCUCUGGCAUUAUCUCUACAUUGGGUUGAUAUAUUGAUUUCUGUACUCUUUUUCUCUCUUUAUGUUCCAAUGAAAUGAUGUCUAAAUUAUCUUCUAUAGUAAUGUGAAAUUCAGUCCGGGGAAA